AUGGAACCUGAUAAGCACGUUUUAUCUUUGCAGCCCCAUCCAGCAAAAAGCCGAAAACGGAGCCGCAAAAUCAAAAUCAAGGUCUGGGCUUCUGUUCCUGUCUUCCUCUCUUACUUGAAAUUCUAUGCUGCUAUAAUUUCAUGCAUCAGGUCCCCCAAAUUAAUUUCUUUUCCUUCAUGUGAGGAAUUUGUGUCGUGGCAAGAUAUAUGCUUGCAUUUAGACUCCUCUAUCUCAUCACCAAUUUCAUCUCCCGCAACUGAAUUCCCAUUCAAUAACAAAGGAGAACUUGUGAAAGAGCUGAUCCAUGACUGCAAUCAUCACGAGUUAAAGCUGGUAAGUUACAGGGAUAUUGUCCUUGGCAGAGGUCAGCCUGUGAAAGCUAAAAAUCUCAAGGUGACUUUCCACUAUGAUCUGUAUAAUAAACGUCAUAAGCGCGUUCAAACCAAUGCGUUAGAGCGUUCUGCUGAAGAAGUUCACCUCUGCUGGCAUCGAUUUGGUCAAGGAUUUGAGGAAGGAAUUCGAGGCAUGAGACCAGGGGGGAUAAGAAGGGUUGUUGUUCUUGAGCAACAUCCACCUAUGGUUGAAGAAUAUGGGAUUUUUGAUGUGGCCUUGCUUAAAGUUGAGAUAUCAUGCAGCUGUCCACAACCACAUGCAAAUCUGUUCGAUGCUUAAUUUCAUGUUAGUGUUUACUAGAAUAAGAGGAGACCACUUCAACUCCAGUGUAAGAUAAGAUCCAACAAAUAUGGAGCAACAAAUGAUAAUAUUUAUGUCUCAAAA